GUGCACAUUGCAUCACUUUCGUUUCUGGUAUUAUGGCUCAAGUUUCGGUUUGCUUGUCAAGCGCGCGGUAAGUUUCGUUUCUCCCUCAGUUUCCAAAAUCAGGCGUGCACAUGAGUUGUGAUUCAGCUGAAAAUGCAUUUAGUUAGGGGUUUGACUCAAGAUGGCAAGACGCAUAUUGUCGCGGUUUGGCCAUUGGUCUUCUUAUGUGUUUGCAGUGGAGUUCGAUACGAAAUCUGACCCCAUCUACUUCGCCCUAGAAGGCAAGCAUAGCGAGGGGCCACAAGUGUUCAGAAAUGUCCUCGCUGAUGAAAGAUGCUACUCGCUCCAUGUCUACAGCGAUGACAUAAUUGAAAGAGCAAAGUUUUAUGGAGGACUGAAAAACAAACUAUCCAAAGAGUUACCUUCAGAAUGUACGCUUUUGGAAAUGUCCACAUUUCAGCCUAAUGUCAAAGAUUCUGUCAUCAAAGGAUAUUUUCUAAAAGACUCAUCUAAGUCCUCAGCGACUGAACGAGUAUUGGGCGAGUUGCUUCGCAAUGACCCAGUCUAUGUAUGCUCCUACUUGUGCGGGGGAGAGGACAGACAGUGGUCGCAACACCUGUGGUCCAAUACAGAAAACGGUUGGGUGGUGGGAUCGGAGAAAUACUGCGUGGUACCUGCUGAAAAGCCAAAGCAUCAUCCUUCAACUCUCAACAUCAUCAACGAUGACGUGUUCUACAGUUUUGAGGAUGCCUACAAAGUUCUACAACAGUGUGGUGACAUCAUCCCUGAGUCCAAGGCUGUGCUGGAGCUUGUGGACCAGCGACUGGAGUCUAAGGAGAAAACAGCCUUUCCUGUUAUUGUCAUAGAGGGAUUGGAUGCUACAGGUAAAACCACUCUGACUGAGUCCCUGACGGAGGCACUGGGGGCCACUCUCCUGAGGUCCCCUCCCCAGUGUCUGUCCCCAUGGAGGGCCCGCUUCGACACUGAGCCCCCCCUCAUCCGCAGGGCCUUCUAUGCCCUUGGGAACUACCUGACAGCAGGACAGAUAGGCCAGGAGGCCAGGAAAGCACCUGUCAUUUUAGACAGGUACUGGCACAGCACAGCAGCCUAUGCCAUAGCCACGGCGGUGGGUGGUAAGCUGGGUAACCUGCCCCAGGCUGGCAGUGAGGUGUAUGGCUGGCCAGGGGACCUGCUGAGGCCCAGCCUGGUGCUGCUGCUCAGCCUUAGCCCACAGGAGAGGAUGAGGAGACUACAGGUCAGAGGUCAGGACAAGACCAGGGAGGAGGAGGAGCUGGACGCCAAUCACCUGUUCAGACAGAAAGUCGAGGAGGCUUACCAGCGGAUUGAGGGCCCGGCCUGCGUCACUGUGGAUGCCAGUCCUUCUCCAGACCAAGUGCUCCAACAAGUGCUACUUUUAAUUAGGGAAAAAUGCCACUUGUAAACAGCUCCUCUCCUCUCCCAGUCUUGCCCCAGAUGGCUGAUGUUCCGUUGUGUUCCACUAGGUGGUAGUAGAGUGCCAUUGAUUUCACCGAUGCAGGGCUAGUGAGAAGAGUGCAGGGUGUAGAGUAUCUGGACUGUGGAUAAGCCUCAUAUGGCAAAGGGCCAGUACUACACACUCACACACACAAGUAUGCAUGCACGCAGUAGCACACAGUCUCUCUCUCUCUCCCACACACACACAAACACACACAGAUAGAGCCAAGACCCCGACCAGGGCAUGUCACAACAUGUCCUAUUAUGUAUGACUGCCAUCAGUGAGAUGAGGAGGAACGUUAUUAUGAAUGCUAUUGUGAUCUGUCAGUAGUGAUACUUAGGGAUAUACAGCCAGACAGCCCGCGGUGACAACCAUUUUUAUUAGGCCUGAGAUUCAGGAAAUGAAAGGGAGGGUUUGUAUAUUCAUCAGUCACUUCUAUUUCAUUCAAACAUAUGGGCCAGCAGCUAACUCUACAUUUUCCUUUUGAAGUAGCUAUAUGGACCCAGGGAUUAAAACACACACACAGAGCAAUAUGAUCCAUUUCACAUUACAAUAACACUACUCAUUUGUUUGAGUACCAUUUAAAAUUAAAGGAAACAUGUUGAAUAUACCAGAA